GUACAAAAAUUAAGACAGUAUUCAUCACCUCUGAAGCAGAAUCUUUAGUCACAUCUUCGAUGGCUAACAAUUGUAAAUUAAAACUAUCUGGCACAAUAAAUACACAAUGGACGCUGAAUAAGGAAAAGAGGCAAAAUAACAAGACAAUGUAUGUCUAUAUCAUUACUACACAUCAGGUGACUAUUUCGGAUAACAUAAAUUGUUAAUACACAUUUAUUAUAUUAACAUCGAAAUGGGAGUACCCAAGUUGAAGAAGUUUGUGUCCAGUAGCAAAGGAUGGGACACAAUACAAGUGUCAGGCGAAGUAGUCAUCGAUGGCAACUCACUCUGCUAUAAUCUGAACAAACAGCAUGAGUGGAAGUUUGGAGGUGAUUACAAAGAGUUCUAUGAAACGGUUACAGUGUACAUUCGAGAGCUCAAGGCAUUAGGAAUAGAGCCGUACAUUGUGGUGGAUGGUAUGGAUCACGAUAACAGCAAGUAUCAGACGUACAUAGCGAGAAACGAAGAGCGUAUCAACCGAAUCGCUAUCAGUCAAUCCAGGGGCACUACACCACAUAACGUCGUUCGUCCGUUGUUCAUACAUACUGUGUUUCUUGAUGCACUGAGAGACUUGAAGACAAAAUUCUUCAUAGCAGACGGAGAGGCAGAUCGAGAUAUUGCAUCCCUUGCCAAUAGUUUAUCUUGCCCUGUUAUCAGCGAAGAUUCAGACUUCUUCAUUUUCAACAUUGAAGCUGGCUACAUACCAUUGACAGGUGGUGACCAACAAACACGAAUUGAUUUUCAAAAGCCAGUCAAACGAUUUCAGUAUAAAGAAUUCGAUAAAAGCUUAAAACUGAACGAAGAACAGCGGCUGUUCUUUCCUUUUAUCCUAGGAAAUGACUUCCAUAAGGGUGUUUCACGGUCCUCACUGCAAUUAACAUCACGCACACCACUCCACGACAUCUCAGAAAAACUAGCAAUGCUAGAUUUCAGCAAUGCAACUUUGACACAAUUCGUUUGUCCGAACCCCACAAGCCAGAUGGAAAAUAUCAGAUUGUACUACAGAGGGACAGCUCGAUCAUUUGAUGACCUUGCAUCUACCAGUUCACUUCUGGAGUUGUAUCCACACACCCCAGAGUGGAUCAUGCAGGAGUACAAGAAUGGUAGGUUCAUGGCUCCAAUAAUGAGUCUUGCAACUUGCCCUACUACAAAGCGGUGGCGACACACAAUAGUAGUCGAAGAUUUCAGUCAACAAAGCGCGUGGAAGGUUACAAAAAUUGGAAGAAAAUUUAUCAUUGGGGCUUUACUUGGUGACCAAGCAAACAAGCAUCAGAUAGUGACAACCGAAAUUAAGCCACCACCACCUGACAACUCAAAACUUGCAUUGGUGGACACCGAAGUCAUCUUAGCUCCAAAGCACACCAAAAUUCUACCUGUGCCACUAAAAGAUGUUCCACAAAUGACAGUCACCGUUCGCAAGGAGAUAAUGUAUCGUGUGUUUCACUAUACAGAGCCUGCUGAGUCGGACAUUCCUGAGGGGCUACAGUUAGCCAUGAUCGCAGGGCGCUGCUGGGUACGUAAAGUAGUUUGCGACAAUACACACCUGAUUCAGUCGCUCGUAUGCUGUAUUCUAACCUGCUAUGGCCAUUUUCAAAUGAUUGAUCGAAAAGACGGAUGUAAGCUAGCUCAACAUGAGAUGCUGUUUUUUCUACACUCCUAUGCUCAGUGGCAGUGUCUACUACAUCACGUUAUCGCGUUUAACCAAGUUCUAAGCCACCCCUUUCCAUACACAAGCCCUGCUAGGCUAUUCUCUUCAAGUUUACUUCUACACUUCUACCAGCAGACCUCACAGGUCCUACAAGAAAAGAUGGACACAUUGGCAACGAGUAUGCUACAAAUAAUUACAGAGAGCAAGUAUUCUACUGAAAGUUUGAAAGAUAUUGAACUAGAGCCUUCGCAGACAAAGAAACGUCGCACUACAUACUGAACUAUAAGUAUAUAUAUAUAUCGUAAGGUGACAGGUAUUAUUAUUAAAUGCGACUUUAGAGUUUUAUACCGACCAUUUUUCAAAUUAUCCGUGAAUUUAGUUUCCUCUCAUUUGCUAACAUCACAUGCAGUAAAUGUUAAUAAAUUUAUAGAGUGCACAUAAUAUGCAAUAGUGUAUAUUGAAAUUUUAAUUGAAAUACAUUGAAGAUCAUAAA